AUGGAUGAGAACGUUAGAUUGUUGCUCGUGUGGCUUCGUGAGAUGCAACUGAACUCAUCUACCCCUCCAUCGCGUCGCCAUCAAGCUUACUAUGUGAUUAACUUCUACGGUCAACAUCACAAUCCCUAUCGUCUUAUGGCGCAGACCGCUGCUAUGUGUAGAGGGGAGCUAGUUUUCCCUCAGCCUUCUAUCAUUGGUACCAAUCUCAAGUCGUCCACACUCGUUGAGCGCUGGGGAAAGCAGAUUGAAGAUGCAGUCGUCGAGUUCCACAUUGUACCUGCGAUUGCUGACUUCGAGGCUCAUCCCUUUGAGAUUUUUACUUUCUUUCCCAAAGACUUCGAAGGGAGAGUGGAUGCCAAAACAAAUCUUGAAGCUCACAACAAAAUGCUGGAAUAUGAACGACUUGGUCAUACUCAACUUAUGGACUACACAACACGCUUCGGCUAUCACCAUAUUUUUCGGGGUGGGCUACGUGAAUACUAUCUAACAAAGCUCAUUGCUGAACAUUACAACUUCCUGAGAGUUGACCACCGUAGUCCUGAAUGGCGUCGUCGCACUCAGAAGAUCUUUUAUGAUCUUCUAGACAAGCAACCAAACUUGUCAUUGGAAGAGCUUAGAUUUGUCAUCAGAAGCACUCGAGCAUAUCCCUAUGAUAUUUUGCUCUUCCGAAACUGGUUGAUUCGAAGCCGCAGAGCGUACCACGCAAUGCAAGCAUGCAUCUCUGUCAUGACGGAUGAAGCUUGCCUACCGUUGUCCCGGUUCAUCAGCUAUGGUCUGUUAACACAUCUGAAACAUCGAAGUAUCAAUCUGCGCGUGGCCUCUAUCUUCGACGAAGCCGAGGUCUCUUAUUGA